UACUGUUUUAAAAUGGCGGCGCUCAUGUGGUUCGCAAGGUUUUCGCGGCGUAUCGGGCCUUUCUGUUCAAUUUUUAGAAAUGUCGUGCUAGAAAAUGCACAAAAUACGUGCAAGUCGGACGAAAGAACCUUUACUGCAUACUCUUACAGAUUUACUGCUCAGCUCAACGUUAUACCGACAAACAGGUAUGUGUCGACGUCCACAGCGAACUGCUGCAAAGUGGAACCGGAGGCGACGGCAGACAGCGAGGCCGCCAACGGUGACGCAGAGGUGGAGGAAACAUCCGAGCUUUUGAAGCACAAGAAGGUCACUCUGCAUCCGCCGGAAACGAGCAUCCUCUAUCUGGAGAGCAAAGCUUACAAGGACACGUAUGGCAAUGACCCUGUCUGGACAAAUUAUCGCCGAAACUUCAAGGGUCAGUUUCCUCCUCCAAGGACACGGGAGACUUGCAUCAGAGCUGGACAAAUCUUUACGGGGAACCCAUGUCCAAUAUGCAGGGACGAAUACCUGGUGGUGCACCAUACAAACGUCAAGCUGCUCCAGCAGUUCAUUUCUCCGUACACGGGAGAAGUCAUGAAGCCAAUCAAAACAGGCGUGUGCCGGAAGAAGCAGUUCGAACUUGACCUGGAAAUUUUGAAAGCUAAAGACUUGGGCUUGCUCAAGUACCAAGUACCCUUCCGCCACUACAACUAUGAAGAUUACUACCCUCAGCUGAGAAGAGUGAAGAAUGAAGCCAAGCCCGAAUCACAGUAAAUCAGGAAGCUGUUCUGUAGUUAGCACAAAUAAAAAAAGAUCUUUGUCCUUGUAAA